AUGUCCAGUGGCCGCUUCCUCCCCUUGUCGACGCUGUUGCUGGCGGCGUGGGCGAACCUCGGGGCCGCCGACGACACCAUUACCAGCGGGAAGAUCAAGGUGCAGCUGUAUGCCGCGCCUUCGUUUCUUAGCGAGGUGUCUGUAGACGCGUAUAAUAAUCAGUGUUUGUCGCUGGAUAAUAACUUAAUCGACGGCCGCGUGCAAUCUAUCCUAGUCGGCGGCCACGACGUCGCCAGUGUGCUUGCGAGAGACGACUUCUGGACUUGUAGAUUCUACGAUAACUACGACUGCGAGGGCGACAAGGACAUGGAUCAGUACCUAAUGAUCGCAGACGGCGCGAAUAACCUCGGUAGCAUUGGCUGGGGCACAAAUAUCCAUGGCUUGAAGUGUCGAAACAUGGAUAGCCACGACGAUUGA